AUGGGCGUCUCUGGACUACUUCCCUUACUCAAGUCAAUCCACAGACCAACUGAACUGAAGAAGCUAUCCGGCGAGACGCUUGGUGUCGAUGCCUAUGGCUGGCUUCAUCGUGGGGCCAUCGCCUGUGCCCUUGAGCUGGCCCAAGGCAAGCCCACCCGCAAAUAUGUCGACUUUGCCAUGCACCGUGUACGCAUGCUGCGCCAUUUCGGUGUCACGCCUUAUCUUGUCUUCGACGGCGACUUCCUCCCUAGCAAAGCGAUGACUGAAGGCUCUCGUGCCAAACGCAGAGACGACAGCAAGAAGCUGGGAUUGGAACUCCUGAAAGCCGGCAAAAAUUCACAGGCCUCUGCGGAAUUUCAAAAAUCCAUUGACGUUACCCCCGAGAUGGCUCGCAACCUCAUCGAUGAGCUGAAGAAGAUCCACGUCGAGUACGUCGUGGCCCCAUACGAGGCCGACUCGCAGCUCGUCUACCUCGAGCGUCAAGGAAUCAUUGAUGGCAUCUUGUCAGAAGACUCUGAUUUAUUGGUGUUUGGCUGCAAGCGACUGUUGACCAAGCUCGACCAGUACGGCAACUGCAUCGAAAUUAAUCGCCGUGACUUUGCCGCCUGCCGAGAGAUCUCCCUUACUGGAUGGACGGACGCCGAGUUUCGACGCAUGGCCAUCUUGAGCGGCUGCGAUUAUCUUGCCGGUGUUAGUAACAUGGGCUUGAAGACGGCAUACCGCAUGGUUCGACAGCACAAGACACCUGAACGUCUUGUCCGCAUGAUGCAGUUCGAAGCAAAGCAUCGUGUGUCGGAGGACUAUCUUGCCAACUUUACCAAGGCCGAGCUGACAUUCUUGUACCAACGAGUCUACUGUCCCAAGAAGAAGGAACUUGUUUUCUUGACAGAGCCAGAGGAAGGACAAGGUGUCAAUGAUAUGCCCUUCAUUGGCGCAUUUGUCGAGCCUACCAUUGCGAGGGGUGUAGCGACUGGAGAUCUGAACCCAAUGACCAAGAUGCCCAUCAUCCCUGCUGCGAUGCCCGAGUCGAAGCGUCGCCACUCUCAAACGGUUGCUCGCCCUACAGCCUCCCCUACCGCCUCGACAGCUGCGAUGGCAGCCUCUCGUACCGGGAGCAACACGCCGGCGAAGCCGAUUGACUCCUAUUUCAAAAGCCGUGGGCGGAUACCCAUGGGCGCCAUGGAUCCCAACUGCUUCUCUGUCGACCCGCAGCGAGUCGCUGCACUCACCCAGAACGGCCUUGUGCCCCGCGUUUUCCCGUUGCCUCGACCGUACCUCGACGAGGCUACAACUCGUGCUGCUGCUCCCAGCACCCGGCGAGUGCAGUCUGCCACCACUUCAACGUCUCCAAGAGCAUUGCGCAGACGCAGCGAACCGGCGGGGGCUCUGCUUUCGCGAGCCAGCAGCAGUUCUUCCGAAUCCUCUCGUCGCCAGAGCUCUAUCAUCCCUCCCACGACUGCUGCAGAGAUUGAUGCGUUGAUGAUGGGAACGACGCAAGGCCCACCCAAGAAGGCCCGUCUCUGCUCCGACAAGGAUGCUGGCCAAUGUGCUCCUGAGGCUGGGCAUCGGAGCAAGUUUUUCCCCAAAAUCGAGAAGAAGGCAGCGCGAAAGGACUCGUACUUGUUCUCGGACGAUUCUAUCGACGAGGCUUUGAUGAACCUACCAGAUAUCGACGGAUGGCGAGUACCAUCUAAACCCCAACGGUCCAUUACCGUUUUUGAGGAAUCCCCAUCACAGUCCUCGGACGCAACAACCACGAAGGACAGCCAGUUCAGCACCCGGGACGACAAACUUGCAAACACGCAAACAAGCACAGUUGAGUCCUUUGUGGUCGAAACACAGGAUGAGAGCCAAGGCCAGAGCCUCGUCCCUGAGCCACCCAAAAGCACUCCGCUUCGUUCGCUACAGUCAUUCGCCUACAACCAGACACGAUCAGCCACGACUGCUGGCUCGCCGGCGUCGGCCAGGUCGCAAGCAGCAUCUGUCUUCACACCGUCGACUGGGGCACCGUCGACUGCUGCCUCUUCUGUUGCCUUUUCAGCGACACAAUCUGCCACCCAGCCCACGAUCACCCAGGCUUUGAAGAAGCAACAUUUAACGCCACUACAACGCAUUGGCGAGCGCGCCCUCUCCCGCAAACAGAUGACGCACAACCGACCUCGAUCGCCAAAGGCUAGCCCUAAGAGGCGCAACCAGCGAACCGGCGUCAUGGCAUUGCCUGUCAAUCCCUCUUUUGUCCCUCUGCCCAAGGUUGAUCUUGAUGAGGUUGAGGCUCUCAAUAGGCCAGUGGGUAGUGAAGACAUGAUCCCUGAUAGCGACGAGGAAAAUGACCUGGACGACGACAAGCAUGGCGGCAUCGUGGGUGACGAAGAUAGCGGCAACGCAAGCCUGAACCUCUCACGAUUCUUGUAUGCUUGA